AUGAGGACAACGUUGCUGCUGACAGCCGCCUGCCUGCUGACGCUGGGUGACAGGUGUCUGGGGGCCAGGAUCCUGGCAGCGGUGCCGACCCCCUCCAUCAGCCACCAGCUGCCACUGAGGACGGUGCUGCUGGAACUGGCCAGGCGGGGCCACCAGGUCACGUUCAUCACGACCCACCCAGUUCACGCUACCAUUGCAAACUACACUGAGGUUGACCUUUCAGAGAGUUAUAGAAACUUCAUAGAAAAUUUUGACCUUAAUGAACUGCCAGAUGCAACGUCUCCUGUGGCAUUUUUUCAAAUGCUUCUUGACGGGGCGAGAUAUGGCUGCCCGUUUCAGUUUGGUUUGACACCUAUGAAAGAGUUCUUGAAAUUGGAGCAGAAGUAUGAUGUGUUCAUUAUAGAGAAAUUCGGCUUCACUUGCUAUUAUGGCUUAGCGCACAAAUUGGGAUCUCCACCGUUAAUUGGAUACACUUCUCUUGGACCUACGUCACUUAUUCGGAAGACCUUCGGCAGUCCACUUAAUCCUUCAUACAUUCCUGACUACAAUCUUGGAUACACGGACCACAUGACCUUCUGGCAGAGACUGUACAACGCUUACAUCUUACUGCGGUCGCUGGACAUUGGACAGAGAGUUUUGUAUGCGAGAGAGGAAGAGGAACUCAAGAAGUAUUCCGGUCCGAACCCACCUACCCUGAGGGAAAUAGAUCACAAUUUCAGCCUCAUGUUGGUCAACAAUCACUUCAGCGUGAGCUACCCUGUGCCGAACACGCCUAAUAUCAUCGAAUUAACUGGACUCCACAUCCAGAAGGAGAGGAAGCUGCUGCCAAAGGAUGUGGGAGAUUUCCUGGACGGCGCGAGGGACGGCGUGGUUUACUUCAGCCUAGGCUCCAAUGUGCGGAGCACCGCCAUGCCUCCAGAGACAGUCCGCGCCUUCCUGGACGCAUUCGCUGGAAUCCCGCAGCGCGUGCUCUGGAAAUGGGAAGCUGAUCGCCUGCCCGGUCAACCGAGCAACGUGAUGACCGCCAAGUGGCUGCCGCAGCAGGACGUGCUGGCCCAUCCGAACGUACGCCUCUUCAUCACUCAGGGAGGACUACAGAGUUGGAACGAGGCAGCUUAUUUCUCUGUGCCCGUCAUUGGGAUUCCUUUCCUAGGAGACCAGGUUUACAAUGUCGAAAAGAUGGUCGGUUUAGGCGUUGGACGAAGGCUGGAUUUAGAAGACGUCACGAAAGACAGUGUGAUGGAAGCCAUACAGACAGUUCUGGAAGACAAGAGCUACCAGGAGAAUAUGAAGCGCUUCUCCGCCAUCUACCGGGAGCACCAGAGCACGUCCCUGGAGAGGGCGGUGUGGUGGGUGGAGUACGUGAUCCGCCACCAGGGGGCGCCUCACCUGCGCAGCGCAGCUCUCGACCUGCACUGGUGGCAGCUGCUGCUGCUCGACGUCAUAGCCUUCAUACUGGCUGUGGCGGCCGUGGCGGCGUUUGUCCUCUACAAGCUGAGUCGGUGGCUCUUCUCGUGGCUCACUCGACCCAGCAAACUAAAGAAACAGUGA